CAAAAAAUAAUGGCCGAUUGUAUGUCAUGAUGGAACAAUAAGAAAGAGCCUAUCAAACAACCAUGCAAAAUACACAGAAUUCAAUUUUUCCCGUCGACCACAAAAAAGUGAAUAAAAUUCGAAUUAUUUCAAUCUAAAAAACACUGAUUUUCCGAUCGUUUUGUUGCUGUUUUUAUAUCGGUGAAUUGUGUGAAAGUUGAGCAAAAGGAAAACAGAAAUAAAUAAUGACGUUACUAAUUACAUUGGCGAAUUUAGAGAGAAAAGCCGUUUGAAUGUUUGUCCCGAUAUUAUGGUAUCGCCCUCAAAACCACAUCAUUCGAGAGUCGCCAGCCAAGAACAUUUACAUAAAUGUAAAUUAGUUAAGGGACCCAAACCAUUGUUACAUUUUAAAUUUUAUUUGGAUAUUGAAAAGCAACAUAUUGUGAAUAAAAUUGAAAAAACUAUAAGAGAACUUGGCGGCUCGAUCGAAUUUUUUUUAGCGGAGAAAGUAACACACUUCGUCACCGACAAGCCAAUCGAUCGUGAUGGAAAAUUAUUGAGCGUUUGCAAUCAUUAUCUAUCACCAAAAUCAUUGCUUUUAUCACAAACAAAAACACCAUCACCCGUUCCAAAAACCUCAUGUUUACAAUCGUUGAAUGAUUUAAAUACUAGUGAUGAAAAGCAGGCAGCCUGUUCAAGACCAAAAAAUCGUGCGGAUGCAAUGGUACAAAGAGCACGUACAACAACGCAAUCACUUGAUAGUAAAAGCGUACAAUGUGCCUCUUCGCAAUCCCUCACACAGAAUCCAAUGCAAUUAGCUUUAAAUUGGAAAACAGUCAUUUGGAACAUUGAAUAUACGUUAAAAUACUUGGAGAAGGUAUCGCUUGCACUCAAAUUUGAGAAUCAAUCGCGCACUACAUCAAGUACAAAAUCAUCACAUCAUCAUCAUCAUCAUCAACAUAAAACUGCAAAUGUUAAACAUUUAAACGGUCAAUAUAUUAAAAUUGAAUCGUCCCAGAAAAAUUAUCGACCAUAUUAUCAGGAGUUUAAUAGUUGGCCAACGAUCAACUUCGAUUGUAGUUUGUGUCCGUUUCAAACUCAUAGUGAUAAAACUGUUCAAAAAAAUAAUAAACAUUGUGAGACGACAACCGAAGAGAAUAAAUCAACUAAAGUGAAAGUGUUGAAUUUGUCACCGUCAAUUAGCAAAAUAAAAACCGACGUGACCUCAACGAGUGUAUCAAUAUCAGUUUUAGCUAAAAACAAUAUAGCAAGCAUUAUUGAGGGUACAAUGACACGAAAAACACGAAAUAAACCAGUGCGCGAAGCCGCCAUCGAUGCGUGUAGUAUCAAAACAAAUAACGAUGAUGUCAAACCAAAUUCGGAAAAGUGUGGAUAUUGUGAAAAGUGUCGCGUUGAAUACGAUGUACUAGCGCAACAUUUACAAUCGAAAGAACAUUUGAAUUUUGUUAAAAACAAUGACAAUUACAUAGCAUUAGACAAUUUAAUAAAUAGUGGCAGCAAUGUUGAAAACUUUUUACGUCUCAAUAGUGCUGAAGUGAUUGACGAAUCGGAAAGAAAUGGCAUGCAUAGCCCAAAACGUGAAUCAUUGAUUAGUACACGUGUUAAUUACUUAAGUCACAGCAGCCUUGGCGGACUCAACAGUGAUGUUGAUAACGCCGUCACAACCAAAUCUCAUAAGCAAAUGAACGGUAUUAGAAAUGAUUUAUCACCAUCGAAAGUGAACAAUGUCCGAGGAAAAUUACCAAAGUACUCACCACCAAUAACACGACGAUCACAAACGAAAAACGCGAUCCAUGUUGUGUUGGACGAUCAACAAUCGCAGCACAAUGAAACGAAUUCAAAAGUUCGGCCUGAUAAAACAACGUUCGGUAACUCAAUCAUUGUUGAUUUUAAGGAAGAUGAACUAAAUUUCAUUUCAAAAGCAGACAACGAUAUUCAAACAAAGUCUCCAAAACAAACAAAAAUAACCAUAAAUGGCAAGAAAAAGUGCGACGAACCACCAGUAAAUAGUAUAAUUGACGACUCUCCGGUACUGCCAAAACGUUUAGUCCGAGCAUUUCCACGCUAUAAAGUUGUGGAUGGUGAAGGUAAACCAGGCAACGAACGAAUUGCGGCUAAAAAUAUAAAAUCAAAUGCCAGCACAAAGGCGGCCGAAUUGAGUGCGCGCAAAGAGUUAGCUGAAAAUGAAAGGGGCAUUAGGGAUCCAGAAACUGGAUUAAUAGUUAAAUUUAAACGUGUUCGUGAAACCGAAUUGUCAAAACUCACCGUAGAAGCGGACAAUUUUAUGUUUCCCAAACGUGAAGAACAGCCAACCGAUGAAGAUCGUCAAAGUACAUCAGAGCACGAUGGUGAAGUUUCAUCGGAAAUUUUGUCAAGCGAAGUGAGCAGCAUUCGAGACUCCUUCUCCACAUCACAAAACAGCCGUUUAAAUGUAUCCACGACCAGUGAUCAAUUUACAAGUAGCGGACGAAGGAAAAAACGUCGCACACAAUAUGAUGAUAAUUUCAAAAGUCCAGCCAAAACUAAACAGAAAUUUCGAGCAUCCCUCAUUCAAUCACGAUUGAAUUCCAAUAAAAAAACAACAGCCAUAAAUGGAUCUCAAACGCCGGCCAAACAAUUGAGCCGGGGUGCGAAAAUGUCAGCUGCUGUAAAGGUAACAGGACGCGGUCGUCGUGGCAAAAAGCAACGAAAUUUGACUGCCGUCACUGUUGAUGCACAAACUGAUAAUUCGCUCGAUGAUCGAAUGGGGGAGAAUUCUUAUAUUGGUGGCAAACUUUUAUCAACCGAUUACAUAAAAAAUUUGAAAUUUUCAUUUGAACGGGUCCCAAGUAAUGAACCAUGGUAUUUGACAUUUCAACGACAGGACGAGCAUCGCGAACGAAUGUUUGAGUACUGGGGAAAUACAGCCUAUAGAAAACUUCCAUAUGAACUUGGACCACUGCCUCCUUUGGAUACAGAUUGUUGUCUUCUUAGUAAAUUAACCGCGAUGAAAACUACAAAACAAAAAAAUAGACGCUCUACGAAGCCGGGCUUACAAACUCCUGGUUGCUCUGAAGUAAUUAACACAAAACCGACUUCAACGACAUCGGGCGAAAAUACGGUCUCAAGUAGUAGUAGUGGUGGUAAUAGCUGUUGUAAUGCAAAUACAAAUGUUUCAACUCUUAAGUCAACUACAGUUUCCAAAACGUCUGAUGAGAGUGACAAUGAAAGGAGGGCCCACACAAGUACCUUGUCACAGUUACUUUUGGCUGAUAGUUCAUUAAAUAGUAUUUCAUUACCGAAUGCAAUAUCAAAUAAGAAGAAAAAUAUGUUAUUAGAUGCAUUUGGUCAACCGAGAAAGUCACCCAGAGAGCAUGCCUCGACAUUGGCGAGUCUAAGUUCAUUGAUUCAACAACGACGAAGCCGAAUCAAAGAGAUGAAUGGCGGCAUAUCACCGGAAAAAAUGCCAAGCUAUAAAGCUGCUGUGGCCGCAGCCAUGGCAGCUCAACAGAGUUCCGAUGCAAGAGAUAGUGCCGAUGUCAGCGAAAGCGAAGAGCUCAUCGACGAAUGUGAUGCUCGACUUCAAAUUAAAUCAACCAUCGACACUGAAUCGCGUCCAAUGUCGAGUCGUAGACGAUUGAAUCAAACACCGUCGUUUGAAUUAACCAAGACCACAGUCGAGGGGAGUAAUCAUCAAUCUAGCGGUGGUUACAGUUCAGAUAAAAUAGUCCGUUUGCGGAAGGGAAAACGACGUCAAACGGAAAGCAUAAGCAGCAAUAACGAAUCGAUAUCAGGCAAAAACGAUAAAUUAGAUGAAACAACGCAGAAAAGUGGUGACAAAACGAAAGAUGUCGACAUACCGAAAAUGCCAGUUAUCGAAUAUGUUGAUCCAAAUAAAGUGGCCCGUGAUCUCGACGAUCUAUUGUACAAUUGUUAUUUGGAUGCUGACAGUGAUUUAAAUGAUAUACCCGUAGAUUGUUCAGAUCUCAUUUUAGUAAAUUCUUCAAAAGAUUUUGUUGAAAUUAUUGAAUCGGUUAAGGAUGGCCCGCUUACUUAUCGUAGCUUACAGAGAGGGAAAAAACGGCACAUUAAUAAAACUGGUUGGCCAUCGUUACCACGUAAACGUCUGCCAAAACGCGAGAAAGUAGAUGAUGUGGAAUCGGCUCUAUCUGACGCGCAACAUUGCGAAAGUAGCCAUUCCGACACAGAAAAUGAUCUGAACGAAGUGACUAUGGAACGUGAAAAUGAUAAUUCCAAUAUUGCAUUGGAAAGUGUGUCAAAAGAUGCCGAUAAUGUUGUUGAAUCACCAAAAAAUAGUCCAAUAUCGUUCCGUAGUAUGCCUCGUCGACGGCGUCAAAACACCAAUAAAACCGAAGAUGAUAAUGAUGAAGAGAAGAGCCGAGCUUUACGUCAUGAUCGUCGCAAGAUACGUACACCAUUUUGUGAUGACAAUGCAGUACAAUUUAUCGUAUCAACCAGUUCGAGUGAUAAAGCCGAAAAUUCGGAUAUAUUCACUGUAUCCUCUGAUAGUUUCUUAGAUACCGAUGUGAAUAAUGAUACACUUACAACGGCUAAAUCAAGAUUUUCAGCUGACUCACGUUUAUCUGCUGACGACGACGAUAGAACCAUGUCAGACGAGAUGACAGUCAACAAUGAAAGCAACUGGCAUUGCCGCUCUUCUCUACCUUGUAACAGUAUUGCGAACGAAGUGAUAAAACAACAAAAAGGCUUUCCCUCAAUCGAAGAAUCCACCGCAACACCAACAAUAACCACCAACACGACCAGUAUUUUGGAACGAACUCUCAUGUCAACGCGUUCAACAUAUAUGCGAUCGCCCAGUUUAGUCAAAGAGCCAGCAUUCGAUUUGAAUUUACAACCAUUAGUAUGUGUACAAAAAAUGUCCGAAAAAGAUUUACCACAAUCACAUUGGAUAAGUAAUUUAUCAUCGGCAACCACAGCCCAAGAGUCUGAUGUUGUAAAGCCCAAUAAUCGAGCCAAUUCAUCUCUGAAAACUAAAACAUCGCCACGAAAAUUGCGUAAACCGCGUGGCCGAUGGUAUCGUGAACGGUAAAGAGGAAGCGAAAUUUAUGAACGGACACAACUGCCUACUUACUAUUUGACAUUAAAUUGCUGAAAACAAAUCAUCAUCCUACAAAACGUUAUUUCAAUCUAUUUUCCAUUAAACAGUUGAUAGAAAAAGGCACAGAGCUUGGUUACUCUGUUAAACUCUAAAUUUUAAUUCUUAGUAUUUUAAAAUUGAAAUAUUGACACGAUUUGUAUUAUCAUUUUAACUGUAACCACUAUUUAAGAAUGAAAAUAUGCCGUUAAAAAUAUUCUCUGGAUUUAAUAAAAUAAUUUCAUAAAUAACAUUAUAGUACAUAGUUCGAGCGUCAGUGGAAAUGAUAAAAUAAUAUAUUUUGUAUGCGAAACACUUAAAUUAGUUCAAAAUGAGAGGAAAUAAAUAAAAUUUGU